CACACAACGCAAUAGGUACAGUCAUAAUGUCCCAAACAAGGCUUUUCGUCGGAAAUCUUCCCAAUAAUUUCAAAGAAAACGAACUGCAUUCUGUCUUCUCUAAAUUUGCACAAGUAACCAACUUAGAUAUUAAAUCUAAACCAGCAGCAGAAAAUGAAGGAUCUAAAUUUGCAUUCGUUACAAUAUCCGGCGCCAAUAAUGAUAUUGAAGCUUGUAUCAAACACUUCAGUCAUACAGAUUUUAAUGGGAGCAAGCUCUAUGUAACCAGGGCUCGGGAGAGUUUUCUUGAAAGAUUACAAAGAGAAAGACAAGAAAAUGAACAGAAACAGGCAGAGAAGCACAAGAACCACAAGGAACUGUCCAAAAAGCAUCCUGUUAUUAAAUUAGGCGAAGGACUUAACCCAAGAAAACGGAAAAUUGAGAAUAACCAAAAUGGAAUCCAGCCAAAUAGGAAUUUCAAGGAACAUCAGACAGAUGAACAUAAUAUUAUCACUCAUAAACCUCAUGGUGAUGGACCAUUUAAUAAGCAACCAGCAGUACCUGCAGAAGACAAGAAAAAACUAGAAUCAAGCAAGAAGAGAAUGGAGUCCAUGAUGAAAAAACGACAAGAAUUUAAAAGUAAACAAAAAAUAAUCAAAACUGGAUUGAUAGACAUUGAUAAGAAACCCAAUAAAAAACUUAGAUUUUCUGACACUGAGGAAGAUCACCAUGAAUUUGCCAACCGUCCCGAACAGAAAAAGAAAGUAACAAAAAAUACACUUUUUGAUGAUGAUGAGAGUGAUGGAGAAGUCAACUUCGAAAUAAAGAAACAGUAUGAAGGCAAGAAAGGUCAAAAGGUUUUAGAUUUACAAUCGAGGUACAAAUCUGACAAACGCUUUGUCUUAGAUGAAAGGUUCAUUGAAGAAGACCAAACCGAAGAUGAAACCGGGGAUCUUGACGGAGAGAGGGAUCCAAGUGAGCCUGUUGAAGGCUCACAAGGUGAUGAAAAGACAAAGCAAAUAAAGAUAUUGGAAGAUGUUCUUGGUGUAGCAAUCAAACCACAUGCAACUAGACCUGACAAAGACAAGAAACCUAAACCCAGUAUGGGAAUGAUAAGAUUUGAUCCCAUGAAUCCAGAACAUUCAAAAUUUGUGGUUCCCAUGGAAGAGGUGAAACCGGACUCCAAAAAAGCUAAAAAGAAAUUGAAAGAAGUUUCUGAACCAGCCCCAGUUCAGCCAGAGGUUCCAAAAGUUGAGGUUUCCAAGGAGCAAUUUUACAAAAGUGAAAUAACUAAGGAAGCUUUUGAGCAGCCUGCAGAAGGAUUCAGCCUUAGAAGCCUUUUCAAUAGGGACGAUGAUGCAGGAGAGGAUGAUACUGUUUCUGAAGAUAAAAAAGUACAAGAUGCCUACACACCAGCACAACCUCCUAAGAAACAAAAAGUGAAAAAUCCACUGGAUCCUGGUGAAAGAAACCCGUUUGUCUAUGACUCGUCUGAAUCCGAGGCGGAGGAUGAAGGCGCCGAACAUAAUAAAGCAACAGAAAAGGAUGUUCCACUAGUCACGGAAGUCAAGGCAGUCUGGAAAGAGAACUUAUUUUUUUCGAAAGACGACAUUCGUCUAAAAGAUGGGCUGGCAUUCUUUAACAACGUUGGCUCACAGGAAGCAUCAAAGGAACGAAGAGAACUUAAAUCAGUCAUGAAGAAACGCAUGUACAACACAGCACGAAAGAACGAGAUGUUCAAGAAAAAGAUUGGUGGCAGAAAGAAAUCUAUGAAAAAGAGUUACAAAAAGAAAAGCUGAAUUAUAAAAAUAUGCCAUAAAAGUCAUAAAACUGUUACAUAAAAUUUCUAUAUAUCA